AUGUCACCAACUGAGGCGAGUCGUUGGUCCGGAGACAGGCUGGGCAUCUCAGUUCCACCUCCACCCUGUCACGGCUCGCCGAUCGCCACGGUCCGAUUGGCGACGUCCGCGUCAGCCAAUCGGUCGUCUCGGACGGCCUGUCCAUCCCGUCUCUCCACCAGCACACCGCGACGCACUCUCCUCGACACGAGGGCACAAGGCAAGCCGACCGGCCAGCCGCAUGGGUCUGAGGUGGAGGAGGGCCGACUCUGGAUCUAUCAAUCCAGUCGCAGCCGUCCAAAACGUGGCCAAAUGUGGAUUUGCCUCGAGCCCCGCUCGAAGUCGAGUGGCCGCCCUCUCGUCGUGCAGCUCGACUGCCCUCGCAGCCACUCUCGUCAUGGCACAAGCGGAUUCGGGAACUGUUGA